AUGUCUGACUGGGAAGAAGACGCAAACGAGCCUGCGUCAAAACUCACUGCGACCGAAACGACGCCAGCUCCACUUAGCCAGACCCCAAUUGGAAAUAUUAGUUUCGGUAGAAGGAGCGAGCGUCAAUUCGCAGCUUUUGGGAAGAACGACUAUGAUGAAGGCGGUGGUCGACGCGAAUACAGAAGGCGGGGAAUUGAUAGCGGCGAGCAAAGGGGGCCCGGUGGAAGGCGCCAAUUUGGAACUGAAAAGUCUAAUCCACCCGUCACUGUCACGGUAGAAAACGGCCUGGUCGGGAGGAUAAUUGGACGCGGAGGAGCCAAAAAACGCGAAUUGGAGGAGAAUUCCGGGGCCAGAAUCAAGAUCCACGAUGGUGAGAAUGAGGCUGAUGUGCUCAUCUAUGGACCUUCUGCCAGCCAGCAGAAAGCCAAAGAGAUGAUAGAAAAGCUGGUGACUGACGGGAACUCUCGUUUCCACGGUGGAGGCUACAAAAGAAGUGAAGAUUGUACGAGCGGGUCCGUGUGGUCCAACGCGGAUUUGAAGGCAAGCAACGUGGCCCCGGUCCGUGUGGCCAUUGACUGGAACAACAUUCGGGAGAACAUGGACAAGUAUGAGAAGAUGAAGUGGAAAGACCUACCACCCAUUAAAAAGAAUUUCUACACAGAGGCCGAGAGCGUUUCUCUCCUCACCCCUGAACAAGUGAAAGAUUGGAGAAAGGAAAACAACAACAUAUUUGUGGAUGAUCUCGUGGAAGGCGGCGAGAAACGCACUGUUCCCAACCCGUGCCGGAGCUUUCUGGAGGCUUUUGAGCUAUACCCAGAAAUCAUGGACAACAUCCAUCGCGUCGGCUUUGUCAAACCCACUCCCAUCCAGUCGCAGGCGUGGCCCGUGCUGCUGAGCGGGGAGGACCUGAUCGCCAUCGCUCAGACGGGAACAGGCAAAACUUUGGCCUACCUACUUCCCGGUUUCGUGCACAUGGACGGACAGCCCGUACCUCGAUCAGAGCGGGGAGGCCCCGGCAUGCUGGUGCUGACCCCCACCAGAGAACUGGCCUUGCAGAUUGAAGAGGAGUGCAGCAAGUAUCGCUACAAAGGUUACAAAAGCAUCUGCAUCUACGGCGGCGGCGACCGAAAUGGUCAAAUCAAUCUGGUGAGAUGCGGCGUAGACAUCGUCAUUGCCACGCCGGGCCGACUCAACGAUCUGCAGAUGAACGAGCUCAUUAAGCUGAGCUCCAUCACCUAUUUGGUGCUAGACGAAGCGGACAGGAUGCUGGAUAUGGGCUUCGAACCCCAGAUCGUAAAGAUUCUGCUGGAUAUACGUCCCGACAGACAGACGGUCAUGACGAGUGCCACCUGGCCAACUGGUGUGAGACGUCUGGCCAAGUCAUACCUCAAGAAUCCCAUGAUGGUCUAUGUGGGCACUUUGGACUUGGCAGCUGUAAACACAGUAGACCAGACGGUGCUAGUCGUCCAUGAAGAAGACAAGAAAUCCUACCUGUUUGGAUUCAUCCGAACCUUGCUGCCGGAGGAUAAAGCCCUCAUCUUUGUCGGCAAGAAGAUCAUGUGUGACGACCUUUCAAGUGACAUGUGUCUUCAAGGUUUUGCCGUGCAAAGCCUCCACGGCGACCGGGAACAGCGUGAUCGGGAGGAGGCGCUAAAGGACUUUAGAGAAGGUCACGUGCGCAUCAUGGUGGCCACGGACUUGGCGUCGCGCGGCUUGGACGUUCACGAUAUCACACAUGUGGUCAACUACGACUUCCCGCGAAACAUCGAGGAGUACGUGCACCGCGUGGGACGAACGGGACGAGCGGGACGCUCAGGAGCUGCCGUUACCCUGAUAACAAGGGACGACUGGAGGAAGGCGCCGGAGCUGAUUCCCAUCCUGCAGAGAUCGGGGCAGGAGGUCCCGGUAGAGCUGGUGCAAAUGGCGGAUCGGUAUGAGAAGCACAUGAGAGAGAAAGCGAUGUCCCCGGGUCACAGGGAUCGGGGCCCUCCAGGCGGAGGACGAGAUGGACGACGCGGCGAUAGCAGGCCAAACUGGGGAAGAUUUUAA